AUGACUUAUAUUGAAAAAAGUGAAAUUACUCAAAUUUCAAAUGGUGUUUCCUUAUCAUAUAAUGGUAGUAAAAAUGGUACAGUUAAAUUAGACUUUUACUGUGAACCAUCAGCUAUUUUAAAUACCAAUCACUGUAUCAGAAUUAAUUCAUUAGUUCCAAUAUAUAAAUGUUCAAUGAGUUCAAUGUAUGCUUGUCCAAUUAAUUCAACACCAACUCCAACACUAACACCAACACCAACUCCAACACCAAGUCCUACAAGUCCAAAACAUUAA